AGGGCAAUUUUGGAAAAGAACACUAAUUUUGCUCGAGAGGCUAAAAAUUGUGUUAGCAUUAUCAUUUGCCAUUUAAUAAUUGUGAUCACAUUAGUAUCCAACAACGUCUAAUCAAUGAAUACUUGCUAACUGAUUGGAUCAAAUCUAAUAGACCCAUAAAUUGAUACUACGAUUUUAUAUAUUUUGAGAUACAAUCUGAAUAGAUUGACGUUUAAAUUCGAGGGACCGUAUGUUGAACUUACUACUAUUAUUAUGAACCGCAUUAAAUCUAACGUCUAUCAGUUUGCCAACAAGACAGACUCUACUUCUACAACUACAAGAACCGCAAUCCUCCACAAUUAUGCUAAGCUAAAAGUUACCAAUUUUAACUAUUGCACUUUACGGGAAAAAAAAACCAAAUUAAAAUUAAUUAGAACUAAAUGGAGAAGAGAUUUGGGCAAUCCCAUUAGCUCGAAGGAGUAAAAAGGACAAAUCUUUAGUUUGAACUGUACUUUUUGUUGAAGAUACAAUUUCACAUGAGUCUAAUGAGAGUUAUAUUACAGAUAGGAUAUAGUAGCACUAUAUAAUAUGGAUCGAAUUGCAUUUACUUGUGAAUUGGGAAAACCAAACCAACCACUGAAUCGAAUUACACCAAUUUUACAGAUCAGAAAAAAAAAGGACCCUUUCUCCUUGGCCCCCUCUAUAUCUCCAUCGCCAACGCAUCCUUACAUACACUUCAAUUCUAUUUCAAUUUCAAUUCAUUAUUUCGACCUCUCUGACCCGAUCUGACGACACCAACCCAGUAGUUGUUGGGAGUCGUCGUAUCAAGAUUUCUCUCCAAUUUCCUUGCUUUCCCCCCGGCCGACACUGAUUAUUUCUCCCCCAACCCUUAAUUUACUACCUUUCUAAUCACUUGAUUUUAAUUUGAUCUCAGGUAUUUUUUUUUCCCUAUUUGGGUUUAUCUUUUCCGUUCCGUAAUUGGAUCUGAAUUUUGGUUCUUGCCACUCUGUCAUUUGGAGUUCUCGGUUUGGAUGAUGUUUGAUGAUUACUAAAGUGACAUGGGGUGAUGCAUUGGGUUUGUUGGGCGCUUUUCUUUUGAAUGCUCGGUGUCGGUUGAAUGUCGUUUGCCGCUGUUUUUUUCUUUCUUUGAUGUUCUGUGGAUAAGGAUUUUGAUCUUUAAUGAAUUUUUUCUUUUUUUUGGGUAUGAAAGAAUGGACAUUUAAGCAUUGACAGUGGUGGUUAAUGGUUGGAUCUCUAUGUGUUUAAUUCAAUUAGCAUAUGUUUGCUUUUGCCUUAACCUCUUUUCUGGUUGUCAAUCUUCCUUCUUGUUAACCUCUUUAACCUUUAAUGAUCGAGUAAUAUGGUUUUUGGGCUUUGACGUUGGUGCAGUUGAGGUAUUAAUUUUUAUUAUCUUUUCAAAUUUCUUCUUCCUUUCGGCUGUAAUGACAUAUUUCAUUGUCGUAUGGUGCUGAAAAUGUUGCAGAAAUAAUGGAUAUUACCCAGCUCUCACUUUUUUCCCACUCUUUCUUUUUAUUUUUUUUCCCCCUUAUUUCCCAUUGUUUUUUUUAAUAUAUAUUUUUCAUCUGGAGGUCUCUGUGGAUUUGUUCCAAGGUUUAUGAUAAUGUAAUUUGUUAAAUUAUUAGCUCUAGCAGUACCCCCAAGAUCGGAUUUUUAAGCUGAGAUUCAAUGAAUAUCACUGGAUGUUUAGUCCUUGGAACUUGAUUAAAAGCUUUAGUAAUAAUGAUCAGUAGAUGAUGAUUCUUUUUUUAUAUUUUUAAGACCAGAAAAUUCGGGGGAGACAGUUAAACAUCAUCCUUAUGGCAAGGGGUAUUUAAUCUGAAGAAUAAUUUUACUGAGAAAAUUUACUUUUAUGAUGCUAUUUAUCUUUGUGACCCACCUAGUGGGAAAAAGGCUUGUUGUUGUUGUUGUUGUUGUUGUGAUGCUAUUUUUCUUUGUUUUACGACUGGAUGUGUAUAUGUCACUCUUUUAUCUGCAAAAGUUCAUCUUCUUUCAUCACCUUCAAGGACUCCAGCCUGUAAUAUAGCUGGAAUUUGUUUUCAUGUCAGCUGAGACUUUUUUUUUCCUUCUAAUUUUCUUGAUUUCAGCACUUUGAUUAGAUGAAUGCCGCGUAUAUGAGUAUCUGUCUUUCCCUUGAACCGUGGUUGUUAAAUAUAUGAUUCUUCUCUUUCGUUCCUUGUUUAUCCUUUUUGCUUACUCUGUAAUGCUUACUUAAUUUACAUCAAGCUUUGUCACAAAUGACCGCAAUUCACCGCAAGAGAUAGAUUGAGAAUUUCAAACUUGCUUCUUUUGUACACUUGUCAAUAUGGAGUUCUUUGCUCUUGCAUGCUUCUUUCUUUAGAACUGCAUAAAUAUGCGUUAUGGGAGAAUUAAAUUCUGAGCUCGUGUCUUUAUCCCUCUUGCAUAGACUUGUAGUUACCACAGAAGUUUUUUACUGUUUCAGUGACAAAUAACCAGAAAUUUCUCUCAUCAGGAUGAAGGCACUUAUCCUUGUUGGAGGUUUUGGCACUCGGUUGAGACCAUUAACCUUGAGUGUCCCGAAGCCGCUUGUUGAUUUUGCUAACAAACCCAUGAUCCUGCAUCAGAUUGAGGCUUUGAAGGCUAUUGGAGUGGACGAAGUUGUCCUUGCAAUCAAUUACCAGCCUGAGGUGAUGCUGAAUUUUCUGAAAGAUUUUGAGGCAAAGCUCGGCAUCAAGAUAACAUGCUCACAGGAGACCGAGCCACUUGGAACUGCAGGUCCCCUUGCUUUGGCUCGGGAGAAGCUGAUAGAUGGUUCUGGUGAGCCAUUUUUCGUUCUGAACAGUGAUGUAAUCAGUGAUUAUCCACUUAAAGAGAUGGUUGCAUUCCACAAAUCCCAUGGAGGUGAAGCUUCUCUCAUGGUUACUAAGGUGGAUGAACCUUCAAAAUAUGGGGUGGUGAUCAUGGAAGAAUCAACUGGACAGGUGGAGAGGUUUGUGGAGAAGCCCAAAAUAUUUGUGGGGAACAAAAUCAAUGCUGGCAUUUACCUGCUGAAUCCUUCUGUUCUUGAUCGAAUUGAGCUUAAACCCACAUCAAUUGAGAAAGAAAUUUUCCCAAAGAUUGCAGCAGAGAAGAAGCUUUAUGCUAUGGUUUUACCUGGGUUCUGGAUGGACAUUGGACAGCCAAAGGAUUAUAUUACUGGGCUGCGACUCUAUCUCGACUCCUUAAGAAAGAAAUCCUCAUCUAAACUAGCUUCUGGAUCUCAUAUUAUUGGAAAUGUUAUAGUGGAUGAGACUGCUAAAAUUGGAGAGGGUUGCUUGAUUGGACCUGAUGUUGCAAUUGGCCCUGGUUGCAUUGUUGAGGCCGGUGUGAGACUUUCCCGCUGCACAGUUAUGCGUGGAGUGCGCAUCAAGAAACAUGCCUGCAUCUCCAGCAGCAUCAUCGGCUGGCACUCAACUGUUGGGCAGUGGGCUCGCGUGGAGAACAUGACAAUUUUGGGGGAAGACGUUCAUGUCUCUGAUGAAAUCUAUAGCAAUGGAGGUGUAGUUUUGCCCCACAAAGAGAUCAAAUCUAGCAUUUUGAAGCCUGAGAUAGUCAUGUGAAGAACUUGCUGCUAGCUCCAGAUUAUAGUGUCUUUUUUUCUUGUUAUAUUUAUGUGUCAUUGGUGUGUCUUUUUUUCCCCUGCAAAUUUCUCCGCUUUCAAGUGUAAAUUUUGGGUGUCAGCAGCAAGUUUGAAUCACUUGAAUGGUUUGAUGAUGAAGGGUUGAUGUCUGUUAUGAGAGGGUAUAAGUACAACUAUAGUCCUCUCGUGUUGUAAUCUGUAAUCUGUAAUCUGUAAUCCUUUUUUUAUGUAUAGAAAUAAAGUUAUUGGUUACCAUUUCUCUGAUUUACAAGUGUAGAUUGAACUUGUGCAUCUUCAGCAACUCUGUGAUGAGUGUACAAAAUUUCAGAUGUAAAAUGUACAGUUAGUGCUUGUAUGUACUCGUUUUAAAUUUGUGCUGUAUAAAAAGGAUGGAAAGAGCCAUUUAUUUCCUCAUCAAGAACACCCGUUCAUUUUAACGUUUUGUGUCGGUGCUCUGAUGAGGAGAAAACGCAUAUUCAAACCGCACAUUUGCAGUGCUCUUGUCUCUACUUGAAAGGAUUGAUCAACUUUUUCUCAG